AUGUCUCCACGAAGAAGGUACCGCGGCAGCGGCGACAGAGACUACGACAACGGCCACAACGGUUACAGCAACAGCGACAGCGACAGCAGCAACAGCAACGGUGGACACGGAGGGUAUUGGCCCCGAGGCCACAAUCGGCAUCAGAACCCCCGCAACCGCUUCGACUACGAUCAAAACGGCGGUAACCGCGGGCGUAACGGCGUGCGCAACGGCGACAGGAACGGGCACGGCGAUCGGAACGGACACGGCGACCGGAACGGACACAGCGACCGGAACAAACAUGGCGGCCGGAACGGGCACGGCGGCCGGGACGGCAAAGGCGACCGGAACGGCAACAUCUCUAUACUGGAGGCAUAUCUCGACAAGCUUUUGAUCAGGAAGCACUUUGACGUCGAGGAGCUCCAAAAACUGGCCUGGAUUACCGCUCUCAUCCUCAAGCUCAUGUGGGACAAGGGUAUGAGGCAAGGGAUGAAUGCCUUGGAAAUCUCCCGAGCGUUGAGUAUUCCGGUGACAGUCAGUCAAUGGCUCCGCGAAGUCGCCACCAGCUUGAUCAGCGCUACUCCCGAUGCAGAAGGGGACAUCGAAAUGCUGGAUGCCGACCGGGAGCACAACAACUUCCAAACACUGUUUGCCGAAGGCCCCGACUUCACGAGGAUCUUCGUCGAUAUGUUGGCCAGAUCUGUACCAUUUCCUGGAAGGCAACAUUAG